AUGUCAAGCAUAAAACAUAUAAAGGAUGUCAAACAAUCAUCUCAGAAAGAUGAAAAAAAUAUUGUACCUGCAACAGGGUCUGAUCAGUCAGAAUCAUCAAAUGACAUUUCUCAAAUUUUAUCAUCUUCAGUUUCUGGUGCUUCCUCUCUUGUUGUUCUACAACUUGUAAGCAGACUUGCAACUUUUAUUCUACAUCAAAUUGUAUUGCGUUAUACCGAUCCUGCAACUUUUGGCAUUGCAUCUGUUCAAUUAGAAUUAUUAUUAGCUACAAUAUUAUUUUUAUCUCGUGAAGGAUUCAGAUGUGCCUUGUUAAGAGGUGGUGGUGAUUCCAUUGUAGUCGAUAAUGAUAAUGUCUCUAAAGAAAAGACUGUACAGGCUGAUUCUGAAAAAGGUUCUAUACAAAAAAUUACAAAUUUAUCCUAUGUUCCUAUUCCUGUUGGAAUAAUUACUACCUUCCUUGCUUGUGCUUUUUACAUUUAUUAUGCUCCCGAGGAAACUUUGAGCACUCCAUAUUAUGUAACUUCGGUUGUUUUAUAUGGUUUAUCAGCUUUUGGUGAACUUAUAAUUGAACCAUUUUAUAUAUCUGCUAUGAAUAAUUUGAUUUUCAAACUUCGUAUAAGCUGUGAAGGAAUAGGUGUUAUUGUUCGCUGUGUUAUUACUCUUGCUUUGACUCUUUUAGGUGCUCAAGGAGAUGAUGAAAAAUAUCAAAAUACUUUUGGUAUCUUGGCUUUUGCUGUGGCUCAAUUCUCUUUUACUUUAGUAAUGAUGACUGGUUAUAUUGGUUACUUUGCUUAUAAAACUGAUAUUAGAUUAUUGUUUCCUCGAAAAUUAUGUGAUAAAAAUCUUGCAAAAACAUUUACAAAACAAUCUUUAUUAAAACAUAUAUUGACUGAGGGUGAUAAAAUGUUGAUAGCAUGGUUGAGUAGUCCUGCUGAUCAAGGAAUUUAUGCUUUUGUUGUAAAUUAUGGUUCUCUUGUUGCUCGCAUUUUAUUUCAACCACUUGAGGAAACUGGUAGAACUUUAUUUUCUAAGCUUUUAUCUAACGUUGACAGAAAAGAUGAUAUAAAGAUCUCUGAAGCACCAAAAACUGCUUUAUUCACUUCAUUAAAAGUUUUAACAACUUUAAUAAAAUUUCACAUACUUCUUGGACUUCUUUUUAUCGGCUUUGCUACGAAUUAUACUGGUGCAUUAAUUGAUCUUCUCGUCGGAUCUGUAUGGUCUCAAUCUCUUGCUCCAUUAGUGUUAUCAGCUUAUUGUUUAUAUGUUCCAAUUAUGGGGGUUAAUGGAAUAACUGAGGCAUUCGUGGCUGCUGUUGCAACUGAAGAGACUCUUAGCAUUUUAAAUUAUUGGUUAAUAGCUUUUUCUGCUGGAUUCGUUG